CAUACAUUAAUCAACGUUAUCACCAUCAACAUCAUGGUUAUCCUCAACAAGAUUCCGCAGGUUAUGAACCUGUAACGCUGCCCCUUAAACCAAAGGUCGCGCCUAUUUCCACAGCCGCAGUAUCCUCAGUACAGGAACGGCGACAGAAAGCUCAGCAUCAUGAUACUUACCUUCAUCCCUACGAAGCUUCAUCUCGACAAGACUCUGCCUCUUCAAAAAUCGGAAUACAGACUUUAAGCCGGUACCGGCUCUCAUCAACAGCGCCAUAUGUGCAAGGGAAUGCUGGAACUGCUGUGAGUUACAGCAGUAGUCAAACUUCGCAUGGUUCGCCUGAUAUAUCUACCAACCAUCGACACCAGCCCUAUCAGCUGCAACAGCAAUAUCAUGGAGCUCAGCAUCAACAGCAGCAACCAUACAUGGAUCAUCUCCAGCUCCAACAGCAACAGCAACAUCAACAUAGGCUCCUCCAGCAGCGACAACAACAGCAACAACAGCAGUUUAUGAACGCUCUUGCCUCGACUUCAUGUUCUUGCACACAUCAAGGCGCCAUGUCUUACACGCAUUAUCCAUCUCAUUCUACCCACUAUAUUUCUAAACAACAAUGUGACAGCCAACAUCAAUAUCGGCAUCAGGAGCAUCAUCGUCAGAGCCCACGCUCAUUCUGUCAUCUAAACCAGCACACGCUUAAUACCAACAAGAAUAACAAGCUCUCCUCUUUCAAUCCAAAGCCCGUGCGUAAGCUCUGCUUUUCAACAGCACAGCCUUCAAUCCACUUCACCUGGCCCUCCGACCAAUACGACCGUACUAGCGAUCCAAACACGACCGCCCAUCGCCUUUCGCCUUCCUUGGCUCAGAAAAUUAAAAUUGAGAUGAACCAGUUUAAAAGCCAAGAAAUGAUGGUCCAUCCAGAUAGUCAUGUCAAUACUCAUAUCUUUGUAUAAUUUUGUACUGUAGUCAGC